AUGUAUUCCAAGCUCUUUCCAAGCUUUUAUAUUACAAUAAGCUUAUCGAUCCUUUUCCUCGACUCGCUUCAACUGAUCGCUGGGCUUGUUCUUACCCCAGAACUGGCGCCCAAGACCGGCCAGAAAUUCACCAACGUCCAAGGCACUUAUUGGAAUGGGGCCACGUUUGCUGGAAGUUGUCUUUUGCAAAGUUACCAACAACCUCGUAAUCUCGAGUAUGUCGCCGUAGCCAAGGACUUGAAUGGCCGAGCGGAAUAUUGUGGAGCAUGUAUCAAGGUGACUCCGUUGGAUGGAAAGCGGGCCCCAGUGGUUGCGGUAGUUUCAUCCUAUUGUGCCAAUUGUCCACCCGGCGCACUUGAUAUGCCACAGACAAUGUAUAAUCGACUGAUGGGCGAUGGGCCCAAACGGCCGGGUGUGGAUAGGUUCAGUUGGGAAGUAGUAGCCUGUCCGUUCCAGAGGGAGAAGCCGAAGAUCAUCAACAAGGAGGGGGCAUCCAAGUUCCACCUGUCGAUCCUGAUCGCCGACUCGGACUUCCCGAUCGCCAGUGUGGCCAUCCAAGCCGGCCCCGCCGCCCGAUGGCUUCUCGCCCAGAAGACCGACUACAACUGUUGGGAGAUCCCUCAACAACCGCUCCUCCCCGACCGGGUUAACGUCAAGGUCACUUGCUCUAAUUCGCGCUUCUUCAUCGUCAAUAACUUCGAUCCGGCUAGUAGGACUCCCUUGGAUGCUCCUGCUAACUGUUGAGCUAUUCAUCACUUGGCGCUGGCCCUCAGAUCAGAUCACACUAGCUUUUUCUAUAUCUUCAUAUUUGUGCUUAAUGAGCUGGUUCUUAUUCUUU